UGUUAACAGAAGGACUUGUAUUUUUCUUGAUUUUUCCCUACAUUUACCCCUAUGAAAACCUUGCAAGAGGUAAAUAUGCCUGGCAGGAAUUCCCCUACAGUAAUAUGUCUGGAGAAGCAGGGAAAGCAGUGGAUGGUCACAGAGGUUUUUUGUCUGAGAACCAGUCUGAUGUUGGGUACCAGUGCACGAAAUCAGCAGAUGGCAGAAAGACAGCAACGUGGCAGGUAGACAUAGGACAGAUCCUUCCCGUUCACCAUGUCAUCAUAUAUUACAGUACUUCAGAUAGAGACGGUUCUUCUUUCCGUAGUCAGAUGUGUGGAUUUUCCCUGUAUAUAUCAAAUACAAGUAAAAACUUUGAAGAUGGAAAAUUUUGUGAUCAUGCUUAUAAGAUUAAAGAUUCCACGAAAAACAUUAGCUGCACUGUUUCUGGAAGAUAUAUCACCUACUACAAUGAAAGGAGGUCAGACCACAGAUAUUCUAACUGUUCUACUUUUGCUCAUAAUGACUUAUGUGAGGUGGAAGUCUACGGAUGUUCUCAUUUGGGCGCUCUUGGUGUAAACUGCACCGUACCCUGUCCCGGAUAUUGUGAUUACUGUGAUGAAAAUGGAACGUGUUUGUCCUGUAAAAAUGGCCUCGACGGUCAUUUCUGCAACAUGAGUGAGCUGAACACUUUAGGUCAUAGUGACAGAAUUAGAUACAGUUUUCCCUUUUCCAUUGUGGUCCCAGUUGUCCUUGUCAGUUCUGUUGGGAUUGUUGUUUUAUUAUCAGUUGUGAUUAUUCAGCGAAAAACUAUUUUGAAGCAAAGGAAACAGGAUACAGAUAGAGAAAAAUACAACAACUUCAUAUCACAGGCAGAUAAUGCUACUUAUGACACAAUACUAAAAAGAGACAGCUAUGGCUAUGAAGAGGCCGAAGAAAGAUAUCAAACCGUAUUAUAACAGUGUUGAAUGAGGAAAAUACUUUUUCAGAAAAAAAUUUAAAAAAUAUCACGUGGACAAGUAUUAAUGAAGACAGAUUUAAGAAAGAUAUGCAUUUUCAUUUUACGUUGUAUGUAUGAAAGUUUACGGAUUGGUUUUUGUAAUUCUGUACAUCUAUAAAUUUAUUUACACACAUACUUCAGUAGUAAGUAGU